AUGGCAGUAUCCUGCCCGGAAGUUAUGUACGGUGCAUACUAUCCUUAUUUGUACGGCCGUGCCGGACCGAGUCGACCAUUUUAUCAGUAUGAAAGGUUCAACCAAGAUCUUUACUCGUCGUCUGGUGUGCCGUUGGCUGCGUCAUCUAGCACCUCGGCCGGCUCACAUUCACCCUGCAGUCCGUUGCUACCUCCGUCGCUACCUUCCAACGUAGCGGCCGCGGCAGCCGCUGCACAGUCCAGUUCGGCCCUUACCUCCUCGGCGACGGUAACCUCCGUCAACCAGACCGCCAUACCGACCAUCCCGCUAGGUGCACUGCAGAGGCACAUUACCAAAGAGGAAGACAUCAGUACGGCCCGAAGUGACACGGAAGGAACCAUUUCCGGUGCACACAACGAUAGCUCGUGCUCUUCCGGGCCUGACUCACCGCACAAUCUCAACCAGCAGCAGACGGAUGCGAGUGGGUUGGCGGCGGCCGCAGCUGCAGCGGCAGCAGCCGUGGCCGGCGGUGGUGGCAGCGGUGAAUCGUCCGGCGGUGGUGGAGGAUUGAUGGCCGGUGGUAGCGGAAAUGGUCGGGCACAGUACGUGUCGGCGACGUGUGUCGUGUUCACGCACUACUCGGGCGAUGCUGCCAGCGUCGUGGACGAACACUUUUCUAGGGCGUUAAAUUUUAGCGAUAAGAAUAAUAAAGGAUACAGUUCGAUGUCGAGUAGAAAUUUCCCUCCUUCAUUCUGGAACAGCAACUACGUUCCACCAACACCUGCCCCAACGCAUCACCAGGUUUCCGACCUUUACUCCACCGACGGUGGUUAUUCGGCGGAUCCGUGGCAUGCGGCACACUACGGUUCGUACGCACACGCUGCCCAUGCGCAUGCCGCACACGCCCACGCGUACCACCACAAUAUGGCCCAAUAUGGCAGCUUACUGAGGUUACCCCAGCAGUACGGACACACGUCCAGGUUACACCACGACCAACAGACGGCACACGCAUUAGAAAGUGCAGCGGCGUACACGAGCUAUCCAACGAUGGCAGGAUUAGAAGCACAAGUACAGGAAUCGUCGAAGGAUUUGUACUGGUUCUAG